CGGCUGGGGAGAAGUGUCGGUGCCGCCGCCGCGAUGGUGUCCUGGAUGAUUUCCCGAGCGGUCGUGCUGGUGUUUGGAAUGCUGUAUCCUGCAUAUUAUUCAUACAAAGCUGUGAAGACAAAAAAUGUGAAGGAAUAUGUUCGCUGGAUGAUGUACUGGAUUGUGUUUGCUCUUUAUACAGUUACUGAAACGAUAACUGACUUAGCAGUCUCUUGGUUUCCACUGUACUAUGAACUGAAGAUAGCUUUUGUUAUUUGGCUCCUUUCCCCAUAUACUAGAGGGGCAAGUUUAAUCUACAGAAAAUUCCUCCACCCACUGCUUUCUUCUAAAGAAAGGGAGAUUGAUGAGUACAUUGUCCAAGCCAAAGAAAGAGGCUAUGAGACCAUGGUGAAUUUUGGAAGGCAAGGGUUAAAUCUGGCAGCAACUGCUGCAGUGACAGCAGCUGUAAAGAGCCAAGGUGCAAUAACUGAGAAACUGAGAAGUUUCAGUAUGCAUGAUUUGACUGCUAUUCAAGGAGAUGAGCCUGUUGCACAGAGACCUUAUCAGACAUUGCCAGAAGCUAAAAAGAAAACCAGAGCUUCUGCAAGUGAAUCUUCAGGUUACAAAACUCCAAUGGAAAAAAAUCCUGGAGAUGACAAAACAGAUGAAGAGAUGGAGGGGACACAUUCAGAGGAUGAAAUGUUUGCUCAGAGAGGCCUUCGAAGAACUCAGAGUAUGAAAUCUGUGAAAACUAUUAAAGGCCGUAAAGAGAUACGAUAUGGAUCACUGAAAUACAGAAUAAAGAAGAGACCCAUUGUAUACUUUUAAGUAUACUGCCCAAUGCCUGCAAGAGAAACUGCUGUACUAUAAUAACUUGAAUUCAAGUGUCAAAGAUCUGUGUACAGUUCCUAGAAUGAGUCUGUAUGAACAGAUUCAUACAGACAGAUAGGACUUGGUUUUGUAAGCCCAAGUGAUCAGAAAAAGUGUUACUGUUUUUCUAUAAUUGCUUAUUGUUUAGAUAUAAAUCUGGACAAGUUAGAGCAUGAAUUUCAGCACUCCUUAAACAGGAGUUAAAUGAGUAAUAGGAAAUACUCUUUUGCCAGAGGUAUUGAACAGAUUGAAAUCAUUGCAAUUCCAAUUGAAUUAGCUGAAGCGGUAAGUAUCUAGAGCUUGUGAAAAUUGAACCAAGGUGUCCCCAGUUUACACUGAAAUAUAGAAAUACUUGAAAUAUUUUUCUGAACUACAAUUACUGAAAAGGUUUUUGUGUAACUUUUAAAUGUACAGUUUAAAGGACAGUGGAUGAUGGUGGGAAAGAAAAAGGAGAUAUGAGGUAGGUAGGAUAUAUCCUCAACAUCAUCAUCUUGCAUCAUAUUGCCAAGCUUAGCAAACUGGGAGUACAUAUAGCACUUUAUGCAAAACUUUACAGUUUUGCACACUCUUAAUGAUUUACAACUGCACAUGUCAUUUUAGUGACUUCCUAGAUAGGUUAGAGUUACAUUUUGAAAGUCAGCAAUUCUUGUAUUUCAUGAUCUUUUAAAAAUUUAUCUUGAUUCCUUAAGUACACUCAGAAUGCUGUAGAUAUUUGCUACUAACAAUAUUAUCAGGUGCCUUUCUAUGUAUUAUAGGGCUGUGUGGGUUUUGUCUGUCUGUGUUUUUGGGGGGGUUGGGUUUUUUUUUCUUUGUGGGGUUUGUUUGUUUGUUUGGGUUUUUUGUGUCUGUCUUCACCUAAAGAGAUGUAACAUGAUUUAAGUCAGUUUCUGGUUGAAAUUGUGGUAAGUAAAACUUGUAGCAAUUCUGGUGAUACGCCUCAGGAAUCUGAUCAGGCCAUGAGCUGUGCAUGAAAAUCAUGCUGCCAUAAAGGCAUGUAUGAUAGGUUAUUCAGACCCUGGUUUAGUUUUGCUCUACAUUGCUUUAAGAACAAAUAUAUAUAUAUAUAUAUAUAUAUAUAUAUAUGUACUUUAGAACAUGUGUGAGUGUAUGUUUCAUACCAUAUGUGGAUUCUAAAAUGAUCUGUGUAGUACUUUCUUUUAUUGCUAAAGUUAUUACUAAAAUAGUCGCAUAUAAAUAGCAUCUUCUAAAAGUCUUAUUGAUUUAGUCAGUGAUUUUGUAACCUAGAGUCCCAUGGCAUAUCUGCACAGAGAUUAAUUUUGAAAUGUCUUUCAGUGCUGUGGCUUGUCAAAAUGACUUUUGUAGGUCACCUUUGGUACUAUUUUCUGCAGUUCUGAGAAUUAGGCUGAUUUUAAUUUUCUGUGUGACUAUAUUUCUACUGUGGAUUCAGGGAGAAACCACACACUUUUUGCAGAUAGUAUUUUAUUAUGUAUCUUUGGGACAGACCUUGUUACUUCCCUCAAAGAGAAAAUGGCAUGGAUUCCUCUUAUCCUUGGACUUUAACUUAGACCUUCUCCCAGGUAUUGACAGUCAUCUUCAAGUCAGCUGCAGAGAUUUUAAUUAUGUUCCUGAGGCUUGGGCCUGCUGCAGUUCUUUUUCUGUUACAGCCAUAGCAAUUCACUGCUGGUAGGCACUUGAUUGUCUGUGACAUAGACAAGUAGUCUUCUGUACACUUUGGCCAGGAUUUGAAUUCUGUGGGAACAAAUGCAGCUGGUGUGUGUUGGUGUUGUUCCUCCCUGGCUGUGGGAAGUGUCUGCAAGCCCUGUGCAAAGCUGUGCUCAAAUGCAACGGCACUUUCAGCAUCUCUGAGGAACCUCAAUGCUUUAGUAAGAAGUCCCAGCAUGCCAUGUGUGAUUAAAAGGCUAAAGCUUUUAAUACUUAGAAACACAGUUUGAUACCAGAAGACAGGAAGGCUGCUCUCUCCCAAAUUAGUACAGUGCAAAAUCCCAUCCCCUUACCAAAACUGUACGUUGUUAUGCAGCUUUUCACAGAGCUGUGGGCAAGGAGUGAUCACAAAAGCAACCUCCCCAGGUGUGUGGGAUUUCUGCCCCAGGAAUGUCUGUGCUUCUCAUCUGUUUCCCUGAGGCUUGUCUGUGUGUUUAAGGUAUAUAAGACAUGAAGGAACCUGAAGCUCUUGUAUUUGCAUCUCACCUCUCUCUGAAAUAGUAGACUAACUUGAGCUUGGGAUGGAAUCUCCAACUCUUACUGUACAGUUGAACACUUGCUGACACAUUUUGCUGUAACUAAUCAUGCUUGUUUUACCAGCAAGCAUGGCAAAAAUAAAAAAUAACAUCUUUCUACAAAUCAUAAUCCUGCAUGAAAGGAGUAGGGUAAGCUGUUUUUUCAGAAUUACAAUUCCCAUUACAGGUUCAUGUAGAUCCUGUUUUGGGGGUUGUGUUUUUAACACAUUUCUAUGGUUAGAGAUCACUGAAGUAUUUUCAGUUCUACCACACUCCUGUCAGGAAGCUGCUCUAUGUACCUGAGGCUGUAACUUCUGGCAGACUUAACUUGCUAACUCAGUAGUGAUAAAGGCUAAGUAAAUCCUCCUCUUUCUGGAACUUGCAUGGAAUUAGGAAAGCUGGCAGUAUUACUCAUAUUGAUUACUAUUUGCAUAUAAAUGUAUUUCUGUUCUUUCAGAUAACUGUCUUACAUGAUCAAACCUUCAAUGUUUUCCUAGCUGUUUUCUUCUGUCUAUUAGCCAACUAUAAAAAUAUUUUCUUGCCAGCCUGAUUUUGAUCCUUGAAUUCAUCUUCAAACUGGCUCACUGGAUUAUCUUCAUUUUUUUAUUCUUACUGUUCAUUGAUAGCUGAUGCUUGUCAGGGCACAGUGGCAUGGUUAGCUUUCAUCCCAAUGAUACAUAGUUCUCUGUCCUUGUUGAAUUUAGUUUAGUUUGGUUUUGAAACAUUACAAUCUUUUAACUUUGGUUACAGGGAAUUUUCAAACUUUUCCUGCCUUAGCAACUGCAGAAAUCAUCUGUCUAGCUCUUGCCAGGAAACUUAUUGAAAAAAAUAUUAAAAAUCAAUGUUUAGCAUUCUUUUUUGAUUUAGAAUGUAAAAUGUAGUUAAUGUCAAAUUAUCUAAUCUUCUGAACAAAAUGUUUCCUGACACUUGACUGACUGCCACCAACAGGACUGCUAAUGUACUUAAACAAAGACUUGGAGUUUAAAAGCGCUUUAAAUGAGAAUAUGUGUAUCCGUUGAAAUCAUAUCAAGAUUUCAAGCCUUUCCAAAAUAUAUCUGAACUUACUCAGCUUUCUUAGCAAGAGCCUACUGUACUUGUUAAAAGACACGGUCUAAGAUGAGGAUUAAAUUGGCAGCCUCAGCUGCAAAUAACCUUAGGCUGGACUUUACAGUGUAAUUGCCAAUAUUGCUAAUUCCUUUGGUAUGGGAAAGUAACCAAAUAAUAUGCAACAGAUAUUUUGCAAACUAUAAUGAAUUUUUAAAUAGACGAUAACUUGGUAAAAGAGAAUGGUGGAGAAAAUGCUGGACACAUUCAAUGUGCUGUUCAUGACAAAAAUGUAUUUUAUUUUUGGUGUUGCUUUUAUUAAUGGGAAGUUGGUAUUUUUAAGUAUUUUUUCUACAAAAAUGUAUGUGCAAAGCCAUACUUUAAUAUUUUUCAAGAACUUGUAUUUUUAAAUGCAACAAACCAGAGAAUAUACAUUUGGGCUGAAGGUAGUAGCUUUUAAAAAUGCAAUGUAAACUUUAAUUUUUAUAUUGUAAUAAUAACUUGCUGACAACUUGUUUACAUAUUUGUAGGAUGGAAACUUCAUUAUACAUUGGCUUAUCUUGAUGCUAUCUUAAAUAAAUGCUGCUUUGAGCAAGA